CCGACCAACUAGAAAAACUGAAAUUUUCUAUUAUAAACAAUUAUAAUGCUCAAGAAGAAACUAGAGGCCUUGGGGUAUCCCACACCCAGUGAUCUGGCGCUAAGCAAUCGCAAGGACUUUGCGAGCACAAUCCUUUGGCUGGAGGACCAAAAGAUAAGACUAUAUGCAAUAGAAGAUCGCGAAAUUCUGCGCAACGUAGACAAUGCCCAGAUGUGGGAGGAUGGCUACCUGAAGUACUGUGCAGACCUGAAUAUGCCUAGCCUGGGAACACAAAACGAACAGCUCGCCUGGAUUUUGGGUCAUGCCAUACGUCUGGAGUUUCUGGACGAUCCAGCGCAGUAUGAGUCGAUCAACAGCAAGCAAACGCUGCCGAAGAUCAACGGCAGCCAACCACAUCAACAAAAAGUGCAGGUUAUUUUUGAAGGAAAAAUGAAUGUGGAUGACAAAGAAUUUAUUGCUGGAGUGCGCACUCUGGCUGGCCAACUGAAUGUGCCUCAUCAUCCCAAUCAUUUGCUGCAGCUGGAAGCCGUAGCCCGGGUGGUACACGAACGCCUUUCGCCUGCUGCCAGGGGACGCCAGCCCAUCACUGGGACACCCUUUCCCUUUGACAAGGGCAACGAUGUGGUCUCCGCCAACGAUCCCGCCCUUGACCUUCCCAUGCGCAUACUGCGCCUCUUGCAGAUCCAGAGCCUGCGUCAGCUACAGACGCACAUCAACGAGACGAUCGUGUCGGUUCAAAAUCUAACUGCCAAUCCAAAGACUGACACCAAGCUGGGAAAAGUGGGAUUCUGAACGCAGUUUCCAUCGAUCAAAUUCAAUAGCCAAUCAAGAACAGUACAUAACUAAUUGUAAAUUUAAUGAGUCAGCUAGCAAUUACAACCGCCUGUCUAGCGUCGAAAAAAGAA